AUGGAGAACGACGAUCAAGAAUCAAUCAAUUUAAUUAUUUUCGCAGGAUUUGAAACCUAUCAGCCGCUUGGGAAACCACAUUUGUCUCCAAACUCCGGUAAGAAGACUUAUUUACCGGAGGUAGAUGAAUCGCUUAAACUGAAGGAUAAGAUGACCUUUGAUACGAUGAACAACGCAUUCCUCUUUUAUCAGCAGUAUGCAAUGGCUUCAGGCUUCACUGCCAGGAAGUCUUCUCAAUACACGCAUCAUGGUGUUAUAAAAUCUAAAUGGUUCGUUUGCUCAAAGGAGGGGACUAAAUCUUUGAAGGCGAUCGAUACAUCUAAAAAGAUUGACACCUUAAAUAAUGGGUCAAAGAGGAAAUUUGUUCGUCGUGUUCCUUCUAUAAGGACGGGGUGCGAAGCACAUAUGUGUGUAAAGUUAAUGCCUUUGAAUCUAUACGAGGUAUAUCCUUUCAAUGAGGCACAUAAUCACUUUUUUGUUGCUGAGGAAGAUAGGCAUUUACUCCCCGCUAACCGAGGUAUGAACUAUAUGCAAGAGCAAGCCGUUAACGCGUUGAGCGCCUUGAACAUUGGACCUGUCAAAGCGUUUAAUAUCAUGAGGACAUUGUAUGGUGGGUUUGACAAGGUUGGGGCAACCAAAAACGAUUUUAAAAAUUUCAAGCGAGACCUGAACAGGUAUAUAUCUGAGUUUGACGCUGAUAUGAUGAUUAAACGGCUUAUGAGGAAGAAAGAGUACAUGCCAAACUUUUCAAUGGAGUGUAUAACAGACGAAGGUGGGGUUUUAAGGGGUUUGUUUUGGGCAGAUGAAGAUGCCACAAGGAACUUUCGGUACAACAUGAUGUUUGUUCCAUUUACCGGUAUCGACAAUCACAAUCGCAACGUUACUCUUGGUGCCGCUAUAAUAGGAAACGAAACUGCUGAAACUUACAGUUGGUUGCUAAAUGUGUUUCGUCAAGCAUUUGGCCGUGCCCCUCCGGUGAUUGUCACCGACCAAGACCCAGCCAUGCCAUGA